AUGGGUGAGAAUGCCUAUCUCACAACAAGCAUAUUUGAGCGUCUGUCACUGCGAGGGCAAGUAGUUGUGAUUACUGGAGGUGCCCGUGGGAUCGGCCUCGCAUUGGCAUUUGCGAUUGCUGAGGCAGGGGGUCGUGUGGCAUUGGUUGAUGCUUCACCGAAUCCCCAUGAGCAUUAUGCCCUCUUGAAAGAAAAAUGCGCACGCGUUGAGUUUUACCAAAUCACCGCCGCUGGGAUCUGCCCUGACCAACGCUUUCUCGAUAGAAGCCCCGAGGGGGUUAAGAAAUGCCUCGAGAUAAAUUCUCUUGGGACCUACUACUCUGCGCAAUUAGCCGUCGAGCAUAUGAUUCGAAACCCCAGCAAAGAGGGUGAAGGCAGAUCCUCCAAGGGCUCAAUUAUAAUGAUUGCAUCGAUAGCUGCGCAUCAAGCAAGCAAAGACCAAUUCACCAGUGACUACUGUAUGAGCAAAGGUGCCGUUCUGUCGUUGACGAAGCAGCUCGGUGUCGAAUUAGCAGAACACCAUGUGCGCGUCAAUUGUCUUUCUCCUGGCUACAUGCGCACGAACCUUACAGACGUUCUACUGAAAGCCCGACCGGCCUUGCGCACACCAUUCAACGAGCAGCCGCCGAUGAAAAGGAUGGGAGACUGUACGGAUCUAAUGACUGCUGCAGUUUUCCUUUUGAGUGAAGCAAGUGCUUAUAUGACGGGAGCUGAGAUGCUGAUAACUGGUGGAAUGCAUGCGGGCCGUAUUGUUUAG